AUGGCCCCCUUCGACAACAGCAUCACCACCGCUCCAGUGGUGGACAACGACAACGAGAAAAGCGUUGGGAAUAAGUACGAUGACAAGACCAGUUCCUCUGAUUCGCAUCGCUUUGGAAGCGACGGUGCCAAAGAUGACAUCGUUGGGGAAAUCGGAGUGUUAGAAGCGCAGGGAGCUGCACACUUCAAGCGUCUGGGCUGGAAACGAUUGACCGUGGUGUUGUUAGUCGAGGCAAUUGCAUUGGGCGCACUGUCUAUUCCCUCGGCGUUUGCUACGCUUGGAAUGGUGGCUGGUGUCAUUUUGACUGUUGGGGUUGGAUUGAUUGCUAUCUACACCAGUUAUGUCGUCGGACAGGUCAAGCUGAAGUUUCCUAAAGUGGCUCAUUAUGCUGAUGCGGGACGACUUCUGAUGGGGAGAUUUGGCUACGAGCUGGUUGGCGCCAUGUUCACGCUGCAACUGGUUUUCCUGGUAGGAUCGCAUUGUUUGACUGCCACAAUCGCAUUUCUCAACCUAAGUGCCAAUGGUGCCUGCUCAGUCGUCUUCGGUUUUGUGGCUGCUGUCAUCCUAUUCCUCGUAGCCAUCCCUCCAUCGUUCGCCGAGGUAGCUAUUCUGGGCUAUAUCGAUUUCGUCUCUAUCAUGCUUGCCAUUGGAAUCACCAUCAUCGCCACCGGAAUAUCAUCUGGAAAUGCCACAGUAGCUACCAAUUGGUCGGCAUGGCCCAAGGAAGGCGUCACCUUCGCCGAGGCUUUCGUCGCGAUUACCAAUAUUGUUUUUGCGUACUCGUUCUCAAUCUGUCAGUUCUCUUUCAUGGAUGAGAUGCACCGCCCGCAAGAUUUUAUCAAGUCGAUCUGGUCACUAGGAAUACUUGAGAUUUUCAUCUACACCCUCACUGGUGCCCUCAUCUACGCAUUUGUCGGCCAGGACGUUCAGUCCCCCGCUCUGCUUUCAGCAGGUCCGACGGUAUCCAAGAUCGCAUUUGGAGUUGCUUUGCCUGUCAUUUUCAUCUCAGGCUCUAUCAACGGCACCGUAGUUGCUCGUUACCUCCACGGUCGUAUGUACAAGGACUCGGUUGUUCGGUUUAUCAAUACGAAAAAGGGGUGGAUUACGUGGUUGGCACUGCUCGCCUUUCUCACUAUCAUCGCAUUCGUUAUCGCUGAAGCCAUCCCCUUCUUCUCGGAUCUUCUAUCUAUCAUGUCCGCCUUGUUCAUUUCGGGCUUUACCUUUUACUUCCCUGCGAUGAUGUGGUUCAUGCUUAUCAAGAAAGGGAAGUGGUACGCCAAGGAAAACCUGUUGCUUAGCAUUGUUAACGGUGCUGUAUUUGUGAUUGGUAUGAUCACUUUGGUGGCUGGAACAUACGCUGCUAUUGUUGAUAUCAUGGAUCAGUAUAAGAAGGGUACUGUUCAUGCUCCAUUUACAUGUGCACCAAUUGGGUAG